CGUGGCGGCGGCGCUGCCCGCCGCUCCCCUCGCUCCCUUCCCUCCUUCCUUCCCCGCCGGCCGGCAUGAGGGACCGCCGGCCCCGGCCGCCCGCCCCGGCGCUGCUCUGCGGGCUGCUGCCGGCCCUGGCGGCCGCCGUGGUGGCGGAGGGCGGCCGCGCUCUCCCUCAGCUCAGCGACGACAUCCCCUUCAGGGUGAACUGGCCCGGCACCGAGUUCAGCCUGCCUACGACUGGUGUCCUGUACAAAGAGGAUAACUACAUUAUAAUGACCACUGUGGACAAAGAGAAGUAUAAAUGCCUGCUUCCGCUGAUAGCAAGUGGCAAUGAGGAAGAAGAAAAAGACUAUAAAGGUCCUACUCCAGGAGAAUUAUUGGAACCACUUUUUAAGCAAAGUAGCUGUUCAUACAGGAUUGAAUCUUACUGGACAUAUGAAGUCUGCCAUGGUAAACACAUCCGCCAGUACCACGAGGAGAAGGAAACAGGACAGAAAAUAAACAUCCAAGAAUACUAUCUGGGGAAUAUGAUGAUGAAGAGCCCAUUAUCAGAACCAGAUCAAGAAGAGAAAGAAAAUCUCAAAGACAGUGCAAAAGAGAUACCUACCAAAAACAUAGAAGGGCAAAUGACCCCAUACUACCCUGUAGAAAUGGGAAAUGGCACACCUUGUAGCUUGAGACAAAACCUGCCCAGGUCAAGCACAGUGAUGUACAUCUGUCACCCAGAAGCUAAACAUGAGAUCCUUUCAGUAGCAGAAGUUACCACCUGUGAAUAUGAAGUGGUUAUACUGACACCUCUGCUCUGCAGCCAUCCUAAAUACAGGUUCAGGGCCUCUCCUGUGAAUGACAUCUUCUGCCAGUCUCUGCCAGGAUCCCCACUUAAGCCCCAUAAUCUGGAACAGCUGGAGAAACAGCAAGAAAUGAUGAAGAUGCCUUUUAGAAAGGUUAAGGAGGAAGAAAUGCAGUCAACAAAAGAAGAGAAAUUUUCUUCCAUUCACAAGCCUGUUGCUGUUGGCAGCCAUCAACUGUUAACUGUGGGAACAACCCACAUCUCCAAACUGACUGAUGAGCAGCUUAUAAAGGAAUUUCUGAGUGGUUCUUACUGCUUCCAUGGGGGUGUUGGCUGGUGGAAGUAUGAAUUCUGCUACGGCAAAUACGUUCAUCAGUAUCAUGAGGACAAGGAAACUGGCAAGACUUCUGUGGUGGUGGGAACGUGGAACAAGGAGGAACACAUUGAGUGGGCCAGGAAGAACGCUGCUAGAACAUAUCAUCUCCAGGAAGACGGCACGCAGACAGUUCGGAUGGUGUCUCAUUUCUAUGGAAAUGGAGAUGUUUGUGACUUGACAGACAAGCCAAGGCAGGUGACUGUGAAAUUGAAAUGUAAAGAAUCCGAUUCCCCUCACGCCGUGACCAUAUACAUGUUAGAGCCUCAUUCUUGCCAAUACAUCCUUGGGGUGGAGUCUCCCGUCAUCUGUAAGAUUCUGGACACAGCAGACGAGCACGGGCUCCUCUCGGUGCCCAGCUGAGGAGCAGCAGAGCCCCUGCACAAGCCAUACCUGUCACCAAGGCCACCAACGGCUCCCCCUUCACAUCCCCCUGCGAGACGGUGCCAGCCAAGAGCAGCUUCAGCCUCACCAGCAGAACCCUGGCAGAGGAGGGACUCACGAACCACUUUGUGUAUAACUAUGUGUAUAUAAGAGGUUAUCGAUAAACUUUUAAUGAUUAAAAUCUUGUCUUGCACUUCC